AUGGACACGGUGAAGAGCCUCAGUGUAGCCCUACCUGGACGUUACGCAGUCAUGGAUCUCACCAUGACAUCAAACUUGGCCAGUCCUACCAAGCAAUUCCUCCUGUCUUGCAAGUCUGGAGAGCGUAACACCGAUGGACUAGAGCUUAACAUUAAAAAGGACAACAGCAUAGUCAUUCUCCCCAAGGCACCUGACAUCACUCUGCACAGACCACGUCCUACAGAGGUGGAGGCUUCUGGCUUCAGUGGCUUAGACCACAGAGGCAUCUUCUACUGCCAUUCUAAGCAGGGCUCCAGUCACCAUACCACCGUCACACUCAUCAGCAACUACAACAAAGGUCACUUUAGACCACAGAGGCUCUCACUAACAGCUAAUAAAGGCGACACAGUGCAGCUGGCCAUGGAAGUCCUGGGCUCGGAAAAACGAGACAUUGCAUGGAAAUUUAAUGGUAAUUACUACUAUAUGACACACUCAGGAGACUUUGAGGAUCACAAAGCAGUUCUCACCAUGAAUAACCUAGACCAAAGCAAGGCAGGGAUUUACAGCGCAAGUUAUUUGGGGGACAGUCCCCUCUUUGGAGCCUGGAUGCGUCUAAUUGUCCGUGCUUGUCCAAAGAACAAAUGGGGCACAGACUGUGAUAAAGAAUGUCCUGAGUGUCUUAAUGGGGGCAUAUGUCAUGACCGAGAGGGCGACUGCGUGUGCCCUCCAGGCUUCAUGGGAAUGCGCUGUGAGACAGCCUGCCGAGAGGGAAUGUUUGGGAGAAACUGGAAGGAGUCCUGCAAGGCGGAGAGCAGCUGCCAGGGACUGACGGUCUGCCUCGUGGACCCAUACGGCUGUUCUUGUGCAAGUGGUUGGCAUGGAGAUCACUGCAAACAAACGUAAGCCUGCCCUGAGGGAAAGUAUGGAGCUGACUGCCUUUUGCGCUGCAACUGUCAAAACAAGGGGAAAUGCAGUCGCUUCAGUGGCUGUCUUUGUCCUACUGGCUGGAGAGGACAAACCUGUGAGAAAUCAGAUGGCGUUCCACACAUCCUGGACAUGGCCAGCAACCUUGAGUGGAACCUAAACUCCAGUCCAAAGAUCCUGUGCUCGGCGACAGGCCAUCCUCUUCCAAGCCACAGCAGCAUCGAGCUGCGGAAACUGGACAGCACAGUGCUCAAGGCCUCCCGUACCACAAUGGAGUCAAACAAGAGCACAGCCCAGUUUGAGAUUCCACAUCUGACUACUGAUUAUGAGGGUCUCUGGGAGUGUCGGGUAUCAACUAACGGAGGUCAGGACUCCCGCAAGUUCAGUCUAACUGUUAAAGAGCCCCCCUGUCCAACCACUGCUCCCAAACUGAUAAGAAGGUCAAGUAAACAACUCACUGUGAAGCCAAUGGAAAACUACAGAGGUGACGGCCCAAUUGUGUCCACCAAGCUACUCUACAAGCCAAUGGAGAUAGAAGACUCCUGGACCUCUAUUACAGUGUAUGGCAGUGAUCUCAUUACCCUACUGAACCUUAAACCCAUGACCAAGUAUCAGGUCCGGGUACAGCUCACUCGGCCUGGAGAUGGAGGCGAGGGGCCCCUUGGCCCAGAAGCUGUCAUGGAGACUGACUGCCCAGAGCCCACGGCCAGGCCGGAGAUUGAUUUCAGUUCUCAGGAGGGGCGGAACGCCACUGUGAAAUGGCACCUGCCGGCUGGUCAAGCCAAGGCCACUGGUUAUUUAGUGCAGCUCUACGGACCGCGCGAAGAGAAGCUGUGGGAGGAGACCACCUUGCUCAAUGUACUCUCCACAAAGCUCUACAACCUGGAGUACCACCACGACUACCAGGUGGUCGUCCGGCUGGUCAACUGUGGCAGCUUCGGGCCUGCCUCAAAGCCCUAUCUCAUCCGCCUCAACAGCCAGGGGCCCUCUUCCCCACGGAACGUCCAAGCUGAAACCUUAUCCGUCAAUGCGGUUCGAGUUCACUGGAAGCCCCCCGAGGACCCCAACGGUGGAAUCAUCAAAUAUGUCAUCGAAUACCAGCCAGUUGGCCAGGGCAGCUCGCACCCGUGGGUGGACACUGAUGAUGGGAACAAGACCACCAAGGAUGUAACUGCCCUGAACGGAAGCACCUUGUAUCAGUUUAGGGUGCGGGCUUUCUCCAAGGUGCCUGGGGACUGGAGCAAGUUUGUGCAGGCCAGGACCCAGGGAGAUGGUUCUGUCGACUUCAGCCCCACAACACUGGGGGUGGGCAGGCCCAAGGGGGACGAGCAUCAGUUACUUUGGGCUGUGGUUGGCUCAGUGGCAGUGACUUGUGUCACCAUCCUGCUAGCACUACUGGCCCUCUUUUACGUCUGCAAAUCAUUGUCAAAACGCAGGCGCACGUUUACCUACCAGUCAGGGAUCGGUGAGUAAACUAUUCUGCAGUUCAACUCAGGGACCCUCACACUGACCCGACGACCUAAACCCACACCAGAACCCCUCACUUACCCUAUUCUGGACUGGGAGACAUUCAAGUUUCAGGAUGUCAUUGGUGAGGGCAACUUUGGCCAGGUCAUUAAAGCCAUGAUCAAAAAGGAUGGCACCAAGAUGAGCGCUGCCAUUAAAAUGCUUAAAGAGUUUGCCUCAGAAAAUGACCACCGGGACUUUGCUGGUGAAUUGGAGGUAUUAUGCAAGCUGGGCCAGCAUCCGAACAUUAUUAACCUCUUAGGAGCCUGUGAAAACAGAGGUUACUUGUAUAUUGCUAUUGAAUAUGCUCCAUACGGGAAUCUUCUGGACUUCCUGAGGAAGAGUCGUGUGCUGGAGACAGACCCCGCCUUCGCUAUAGAACACGGCACUGCCUCAACGCUAACUUCCCAGCAGCUCCUGCAGUUCGCCGUGGACGUGGCAACGGGAAUGCAUUACCUUAGUGAUAAACAGUUUAUUCACAGAGAUUUGGCAGCCAGAAAUGUACUGGUUGGAGAAAACCUGAUGGCAAAAAUUGCAGAUUUUGGACUGUCUCGAGGGGAAGAUGUAUAUGUCCAAAAAGACCAUGGGAGACUACCUGUGCGAUGGAUGGCUAUUGAAUCACUGAACUACAGUGUCUACACCACAAAGAGUGGAUGUGUAAGUUUCCAUUCUUGUGUCUGGUCUUUUGGUGUGCUUUUGUGGGAGAUUGUAAGUUUAGGUGGAACUCCAUACUGUGGGAUGACCUGUGCUGAGCUCUAUGAGAAGCUUCCACAGGGCUACAGGAUGGAGAAGCCCAGGAACUGUGAUGAUGAAGUUUAUGAGCUGAUGAGACAGUGUUGGCGAGACAGGCCUUAUGAGCGCCCACCAUUUUCUCAAAUAUCAGUCCAGCUCAACAGGAUGCAGGAGGCCAGGAAGGCCUAUGUGAACAUGGCUCUGUUUGAGAACUUCACCUAUGCUGGAAUAGAUGCCACUGCCGAAGAGGCCUGACUACCCGCCCCCCCAGAUUCCGGCAGGUUCCACGGUCCAACAGAGGCCUGUCAGGGCAGGGCACUUCGCUACUGCCAGCCUCCUGCCGCCCGAUUUCAGCACACAAAGAGACACUCAAGUGGGACCACAUGGCUCUAGAGAGAGGAUCGUGGAAGGACGCUUGUGGGGGACCUCUUCUGCUUUUGCCUGGACUGCGGGUGAUCUGUCAGUCAGCUUGGUGUCAUGUAACGACUAACGGAUACUCAAGAAAUUGUGGAGCCUAAAGUAGUGCAUUUGUGCUGAAAUUGUGUCUGCUGGGGUCUGUGGGGAUUUAAACUACUCAGUGGACUCAAUGUUCAUUGUUCCAUCGUGAUGCUGUUGGAAUGGACAAUUAUUCCAAUGGACAGAGAUGCAAGUCAUUCUAUGUAGCACUUCAGAUGCAAGAGAAACCCUUAAUACAGUGUACUAUAGUCUAGCACUACAUGUAUAUGUUUGACUUUGAUGUCAUUUUUGUGUACAGUCUUCAGGACACUGCUGUUCUAUGUAUAACCUAGUAGUAGUGCCAAUAUCAUACAUCUGCAUACCUGUCUGCAUAUGGCACAUGUACAGUUAAAGGCCAAUACCGAACUGGAAAUUGUUGCAAUUAUUAAUUAAGCAUUUAUAUCGCAUGGACUCACUACACAAAUAUGUUGUGUCAGAUGAACUAAAGGCCUUGAGGUUGGCUCUCUCGCCUGCUGUAGCUUUCUGAUCUGUCAGGGCACUUCCUCCUUCGUUGAGCCACAGGUUCUGGGCCUGUCAUACGUAUGACACGAUCCUUCUCCCUCUCAUUUGAACGUUUCCUCACAAACCUUUGCCUGCACAUGCAUGCAAGAGAGGCUUUUUUUCUGGACCUAUACAAACACAAAGCAUUGUCCUUCUGUGGCUUUUAGUUGGUCACUAGUUUGGAUAACUGUAGUGUUGCAUUGAUAUGUGUGGUGAAAUAGUUUGUCCCUAGUCCAAACUCUCAGACGUUAGAGUUAGGGUUAGUUGCAAAGCCUUAGUUUGAGUCGAGCCUGUAGCAAUGAUAUUCUUCUUGCUGUGCCUCAGGGACUUUCACCACAGCUGUCCUUCAAAACUGAGCUUGUGAUUUCCUCCAGAAGUAUUGAUUCAUCAUACAUAAACAGGAACAUAUAGCAUGUUCAUCACCCUGUCUAUCAUCCUGUUGUUAGCAUCCAUCAUUUUCGACUAUGUUGCAGUUUUGUUCAUUUGGCCAAAUACAAUGUAUUUCUAGUACAGAAAUGUAUUUUAAGAGAAAAGCAAAUAUUCUAUUCUAUUCCUGUAACUGUAACUCCAAAACUGAUUUUGUUAAAUAUUUUUGCUUCCUGUGUUUUUAUAAUAGAAAUUCUUUGGAUAGGGAAAUGUAGCUUGAAAUGUGUUUGCCUCAGGCUUUUUUAAGUUUAGAAGCUCUGCAAUAUAAAUAUCCAAGAAAUAUUUUUUUUUGAUGGCAACAAAAUUAAAGUCUAAUAGAAUGGCGAUGCACUGUUAAAAUAUUCCACAUCUUUGACUUAAUAAAAAUUACAUAACUGUUGUUAUUAUAA